GUGCCGCGCCCAGAGCAGCAGCAACAGCCAGGAUGCGAGGCCAUUACCUGUUUGAUCCCUGGCGGAAAGCUGGCACGGGCCAACUUUUCCCGAUUAGCAGGCCAAGAAGUUACAAGGACUAGUGGCCGACGCGGAGGGGCCAGGGUGAGGGAGCUCCCCCGCGCGCUGCCUCCUCCCUCCUCCCUCCUGCCGCCCGCGCUCCCGGCCUUUCUCCCGCCCGCCCGCACGCUCUCCCUCCGCCCGCCUCUGGCCCCCUCCACGCGGGCACCAGGCGAGGGGGGUGCCGCGAAACUCCGACCCGAGCCACUUGGACUUGCACACUGUCCUCGGGGCUCAGGGGCCGAGCGCACGCACUUGCGCCGCAGCUCUGCCACUGCCUGCCUGUCUCGCCUGCCAUCCCGGCCCGGGGGGGCGGGGGCUGUGGCGUCGGCUCGGACCCAGGCAGCCAGCAGCCCCGCACGGAAAGGCGAGAGCCACCGCCAGAGGAGCUCGGACGGCAUGCUGAGCCCCCUCCUCGGCUGAAGCCCCGAGUGCAAAGAAGCAGCUCGGGCCAGCGCAGGCUAAGGAGACCCAGGCACCCCAGGCACGAGCCACAGCCGGAGAACCGCGGAGCAGCAGCAGCAGCAGCGGGAGAAGGAGGAGGAGGAGAAGCCAGAGAGGGGCCGCGCAAGAAGUGGUGGUGGUGGGCGUCGUGGCCAUGGCGGCAGCAAUCGCCAGCUCUCUGAUCCGUCAGAAGAGACAAGCCCGCGAGCGCGAGAAAUCCAACGCCUGCAAGUGUGUCAGCAGCCCCAGCAAAGGCAAGACCAGCUGCGACAAAAACAAGUUAAAUGUCUUUUCCCGGGUGAAACUCUUUGGCUCCAAGAAGAGACGCAGAAGGAGACCAGAGCCUCAACUUAAGGGUAUAGUUACCAAACUAUACAGCCGACAAGGCUACCACUUGCAGCUGCAGGCAGAUGGAACCAUUGAUGGCACCAAAGACGAGGACAGCACUUACACUCUGUUUAACCUUAUCCCUGUGGGUCUUCGAGUGGUGGCUAUUCAAGGAGUUCAAAGCAAGCUGUAUUUGGCAAUGAAUAGUGAGGGAUACUUGUACACCUCGGAGCAUUUCACACCUGAGUGCAAAUUCAAAGAAUCAGUGUUUGAAAAUUAUUACGUGACAUAUUCAUCCAUGAUAUACCGUCAGCAGCAGUCAGGCCGAGGGUGGUACCUGGGUCUGAACAAAGAAGGAGAGAUUAUGAAAGGCAACCACGUGAAGAAAAACAAACCUGCAGCCCAUUUUCUGCCCAAACCACUGAAAGUGGCCAUGUACAAGGAACCGUCACUGCACGAUCUCACGGAGUUCUCCCGAUCCGGAAGUGGGACCCCGACCAAGAGCAGAAGUGUCUCCGGCGUACUGAAUGGAGGCAAAUCCAUGAGCCACAACGAAUCAACGUAGCCAGUGAGGGCAAAACAAGGGCUCUGUAACAGAACCUUACCUCCAGGUGCUGUUGAAUUCUUCUAGCAGUCCUUCACCCAAAAAGUUCAAAUUUGUCAGUGACGUUUACCAAACAAACAGGCAGAGUUCACUAUUCUAUCUGCCUUUAGACCUUGUUAUCAUCCAGACUAAAGCCCCAUAAAUUUAGAGUGAGCUUGUGCAAAAGAAUGCCAUGCAUUAUCAAUGAACUAAAUAUGGGAGAAGGACUGCCAAAUUUUCUCAUCAUCUCAUCUAUAUGUUGGGGAUGACAAACCAAACCAAAACAAAACAAAAAAUUUCACAGCACUAAUGCUGAUCAAAAUCUGUUCUCCAACCAAGAAAAUCUAAAAGACCACAGUCAUUCUUAAAACAAAAACAGAAACAAAGCAAAACAAAAUUCUCUGCUUAAAUGUUUGUAGAGGCAAACAAAAUUAUGUGAGCUGUGUUUCUUGGCUUCAUGUUUUCUAUUUCUGCUUGAUUCAGUGUACUCUUUACUUUCAUAUAGCUCAACUUUCCAGUUUCUGAAGUUCAAUGGUUCUAUUGACUCUAUGUCACUUAAUCCAAAUCAUCCAAAUUCAGGGUUGAAUCUGAAUUGGCAUCUCAGGCCCAAGGUAAUAGGGUUCUUGUGAUUUAACCUUUUUUUUGUUUUGUUUUAGAUUUGUAGUAUUCUGGUCAAGUUCUGUGCUGUACUUUGUGCGUAGAAAUUGAGUUUUAUAGUCAACCCCAGUCAGUAAAGAUAACUUAAAAAGAAAAGAUCCUCCUCAAGUGUAGAAUUCUCUUAAUUCCAUUUGUGUAUCAUGUUAAACUACUGUUGUGGCUUCUUGUGUAAAGGCAGGAACUGUGGAACUGUGAUGUCUUCUGUGUUGUUAAAAUAAGAAAUGUCUCAUGUGUAUACCUAUGAGUCCCUCUUGUCAUUGUAUUUGGCACGUGAUUAUUGUGUACAAGGAAAUACUAAGACUGGUAACCCCUAAACAACAUAUAUUAUACUUGCUAUUGGAAAGUGUUUAAGACUUAGCUAGGUUUCCAUUUAGAUCUUCAUAUCUGUUGCAUGGAAGAAAGUUGGAAUCUUGGCAUAGAGUUGCAUGAUAUGUAAGAUUUUGUGCAUUAAUAAUUGUUAAAAUCUGUGUCCCAAAAGUGGACAUAGCAUGUACAGGCAGUUUUCUGUCCUGUGCACAAAAAGUUUAAAAAAAGUUGUUUAAUAUUUGUUGUUGUAUACCCAAAUACGCACCGAAUAAACUCUUUAUAUUCAUUCAAAGAAAAAAAA